GAAAAAUAAAUAUUUAGCAUUGUGUUAUAUAAAAUUAUUAGUACGUAGUUAAAAUAAAAUUUAAAAAUAAAAAGUAAUUUGAUUUGAUAUUGCAAAUUGAGUUCAAUUACAAGAAAGCAUUUUAUGUACAAAUGAAUAUGAUAUAUGUUUUAUAAAUAACAUUAAGACAUGUAUAUUAAGGAGAUUCACAAGAAAGUUGAAAUAGAAUACUGAAUAUGAAUUGUUUUGAUUAGAUAACAUAAAAUUGGCGGGAAACUUUAUGAUACAGGUUGACAAUUUAAAAGGCAAGACGUCUGCAUGUGGAAGACUAAGUACUGAAUAUUGUUUUCAGAAACAUCGAAAAUAGUUAUAGGGCUUCAAAUUUUUCAUCAGAGAUAAGAUGCCUGUUAAAAGCAAUUUCAAUAGACGAAAAGUAAAAAAAAGCUACUUUCGAUCAGAAAGAUCAGCAAAAUCUUUAUCACCACAAAAAAGCAAUAUUGUAAGAGACCCCAAAAAUAUUAAAAAUAACAGUGUUGAUUCAAUAAGUGCUGCAGAUAAUGAUUUGUUAAGUAGCCAAAGUGAUAAUUCAUAUUCAAGUUUACUAAAACAACUUCAUUCAGAUUUUAAUAAAAAAUAUAUUAGCGAUAACGUGACAAUGGAUACUAAACUUCGUUGGAAGAGAGAUUUGCAAGUUUCCCCUAGUCGAAGUGAAGAUGCUAGCACUCCAAGGAGCAUAUUACUUUCGAAAGUAAAGCGCAGUCCGCAAAUUCCCAGUCCGUUAUAUAGCCCAAUAAAACCUAGACGAAAAUUAAAGGAGCGCAACAAGCAAAGCUCACCAUCAAUGUCGUUUGAAACACCUCCAUCCUCCAGUGAAUCGGAAUCUCCAAAAUUAUCAAAGCAAAGAAAAAAAAAUAUUUCAGAAUCAGCAAAUUGUACAUCCCCUGUUAUAAAUUUAAAACAAAAAGAUCUAACGGAAACCCAUUCUAAAAAAAAUGGUUUAAGAAGUGCCGAAGAUUCCAGUGUUGAUAUACCUGGAACUUCAAUGAUAAUGGGUGAAAAUUGUUCAAAUAAAAAACUUAUAACUCGCAGAACAGGCAAGUCAGUACUGUCAGAUGAGAAUGCUAAGAGAAAAAAUAAAGUAAAGGAAUCUGGUACAGCAGAGAGCUCUUUACAAUAUUUCAUUGAAGAAGAGCAUUAUAAUAUGGAAAAUGUUCUUGAAACUGAAAGUGAAAAAUCUGAUUUUCCUGCGACAAGAUCUCCUACAUCUGUAAGUCUUGGAAUUGUGAGUACACCCUCUCCAGAUACACCAACCGUUGAAGAAGUAACCGACCCCUUGUACUUUUUACAAAAGUCAAAAAAGCCAAUUCGUGUUCGAUCGAAAUCGUUAUUUUCGAGAAAUAUUUCCAAUGUUGAAAAAAAUGGUAAUUCAAUGAUAUUCAUCGCAAAAUCUAAUGCUGGAGCUACAGAAAAUGAAAAAAGCAAUAAUGAUAAUUGUUUGGAUGUUAAUGAUGUAGACAGUUCUGGAGUCAUCACAAAAAAUAAAUUAGGAAUGAGUGACGAUAACUGUGAUGAAAAUUUAUUUGAACAAAAACAAAACGAAAUGCCCUCUUGUAAUUUUGAACUACAAGAAAAUUUGAAUCCUCUUCAAAAUAAUGAAGCAUUCCAUUAUCCAGCUUUACAUAACCGUGUUACUUCAUUAAAAUCUCCAAUGUCAAUGGAUAGCGCUCACGGAUCCUCUAUUGAUGUCGAAACUAACUAUCAUCCUAAACAUUGCGAAAUAUUUUGGGGAAGGAAAGGAAAUUUUCCUUAUUGGCCUUGUUUGAUAUGGCCGGAUCCUGAGGGGAAAACAGUUCGGAUUGAAAAACAUAGUCACAAACAAUACAUUAGUUAUCACGUAAAAUUCUUUGCAGAUAACGGUCAGAGAAGUUGGAUAUAUAAAGACAAUUUAAUUGCGUAUAAUGGUCGCGAAGAUUUUGAGAGAAGAUCCAAGGAGCAGUCGUUGAAAAUGAAAAGCAGCCUUUUUAAAAAAUGUUUUGUAGUAAGUCGCGCAAAGCUUCCAAUAUGGGACCAAGCUGUUAAAGAAGCUGAUAAAAUUUUAGCUGUACAUAUAGAAAAAAGACCGGAAAAAUUCAAUGAAAUUUUAAAAGAAUCGAUGGAGCUCCUUAAAAUGCAUAAACAACAAAGACGAUUGUCAUUAUCUAUUGAAAGAAGUUCUUCAUUAAUUAAUGAAGAGCUUCUUUCAAUAAAUGAUUCCAAUGAAGAUUUGUUAAAUACUUCAGGAAUCAGUUCAUCGCUUAGUACGGUAUCGAAAAGAAGGCGGUCAUCCUCUUUAUACGAAAAUUUAGCGAAAAGACAUAAAAACGAAUUUGAGUCUGAAGAUUUUAUUCAGCGUGGAAAUUUGAACGCUAUAAAUACAAAUAGUAAUAAAUAUUUGUUUCCAAAAGAAUUAAUUGAUGUGAUGGCAGAUUAUGCACUAAAAACAACAGAGGAAGAAGAAUCUUUUCAACGUUUUGAAAACUGCUGUAUUGAAUUAUUUCGUAUUGCGAAAGAUUCCAUUAAUGAAGAAUAUUAUAAAAACGCAAACGUAAAAAAACAUCCAAAUCGAUUAUUGAGAAAAAAUCUAAUGAGUAGAUUAAAAAAACAUUAUGCUCAAAUUUUUUCGAAUCCAAGUCAAAAUAUUGAAAAAAUAAAACAAAAACGAGCGGUUUUGAACGUACCACCAAUUCAGGCCGUAUUAAGAGAUAUUGUAGAUUUAUUAAAUGAUAAACAAUAUUUAUUUAGAAAUUUAAAAAAAGUAGCGGUGUGUAAAGUAUGUUUAAAACCGAAUAGUUUAUUUAAGUGUUCAGGCUACUGUGAUUCCUGGAUUCACAAAGAAUGUUGUAAUUUUACACCUGAAGAAUAUUUAGGGAAAGUGAAGUUGGAAAAUAGAAGAAAACGCGCGAAAAAAAUGUCCACAAAGAGUAAUUCAUUUCAACAGAAAGAUGAUGAAACCCACUGUGUUCAUAUUACUGGGGAUGAAGAUAUAAAAUAUAUUAGUACCAAAAAGCAAGAACUUGACGAUGGUGAAAAUCAACUAGAUUCAAUUACUGUAGAAACACAUACCAUCCCGGAAAAGGUUACAUGUAAACAAUGUUUAACGUACAUUAAGCCAUUUUGUGCCAUAUGCAAAGCAUGUGAUCACGACCAUGAUUCAACUCUGCAUGAAAGUUCGAAUUCUGAAUUAUUGGAUCAUAGCGAUAAAAUAUUACUGAAAUGCAAAUUAAAUACCUGUAACAGGUAUUAUCAUUUGCCUUGCUUGAAGUUAUGGCCACAAACUUAUAUUACAAAAACAAAAGAUUCAACAAAUAAAGGAAAUUCUUACGUUGAAAAAAUUGAUUUAUUGUGUCCGAGUCAUACAUGUCAUACUUGUGUAUCGGAGGAUCCACACCAUAUUCAACUGGGAAAAAAUAAUAUUAUCAAAUGUGUUAAAUGUCCCGCCACCUACCAUUCUCAUUCCAAAUGCAUACCAGCUGGAACACAAUUUCUUACUGCCAAUAUUAUAGUUUGCCCACGUCAUGAUGAAAAGAUAAAACCAACAAAUACAGAUUGGUGUUUUUUAUGUUCUCAAAAUGGUGAUUUAAUAUGUUGUGACACAUGUCCUUCGUCUUUCCAUUUAAGUUGUUUGAAAUUAACUCAAGCGCCAAAGGAUAAAUUUUUAUGUGAGUUAUGUCGAAAUGGAUGUUUACCUUUAUAUGGAGAUUUAGUGUGGUGCAAAUUUAGCAGUUAUAAAUGGUGGCCAAGUGUUAUUAUUCCUCCGCCCAUAAUACCAAAAAAUAUUUCUAAUAAACCUCACUUAAAUUUAGGAUUUUGUGUUAGAUUUUUAGGCACAAAUGAUUAUGGUUGGACUGGUCGGCAUCGGGUGUAUCUUUAUCAAGAAGAUGAUUAUUCUCCAGAUCGCAAAAGAGAUAAGAUUUUACAAAAAGCAAUAGACGAAGCGAAAAUGGCUUGGGAUUAUUUUGAAAUAAAUAAACCAAAAAGAUUCGGUAUUGAAGAUGACUCAACUCCUCUACCUUAUAAAAAAAUUAAAAAUAAUUUACCAGUACCACCAGUUAAAUUGGAAUACAAUAUUAGCGAAUUAAAUCCUUGCAAUUGUUUGCCUGAUGAUAAUUCUCCGUGUGGCUUUAAUUCCCAAUGUUUAAAUAGGGUAUUAAUGAUUGAAUGUAACCCAAAAAUAUGUCCGGCAAAAUUGAAUUGUGAAAACCAAAUGUUUGAAAAAAGGCAGUAUGCUCCUGUCGCAAUACGUAAAACCACUGGUAAAGGUUUCGGUCUUGUAUGUACAGCGCCUAUAGCAGAAGGUGCCUUUAUUAUAGAAUAUGUUGGAGAACUUAUUGACGACGAAGAGUUGAAAAGAAGGAUAGAAGAGAAACAAAAAGAAAAGGAUUCACACUAUUACUUUUUUAGUAUAGAGUCAAAUUUAACUAUCGAUGCUGGUCCAAAAGGUAAUUUAGCACGUUUCAUGAACCAUUCUUGUGAACCAAAUUGUGAGCCACAAAUGUGGACUGUGAAUGGUGUAAAAAGAAUCGGAUUAUUUGCAAAAUAUGACAUAAAAGAGGAAACUGAACUCACCUUUCAUUAUAAUUUUGAAUGUAUUGGAGAUAAUAAAAUUUUAUGCCAUUGUGGGGCUGAAAACUGUUCUGGUUUUAUUGGUGGAAUAUAUAACAAGAAAUCGAAUGAAGUAAGGAUUUCAUCCCAAGAAAAAGAUAAUAAAGUUAUACCUCCUAAAAUCAUGUCAUCAAAAACAGUAAAAAUUAAACAAGUUCAAGAAAAAUAAUAGAUGAAAUUUUAGUUUUUAAAUGUUUUGUAAUUUAUAAUUCAAUUUAUUUUAUAUUUAUUAUGUAUUUAUAAAAUUUAGAAAAAAAUGUUUUUUUUCUCCCUUUUUGAUUUUGUAUUUUGAAUUUAAAGUUAAAAUCUAUCAAAAUUGUUAGUUUCUUUUUUAUUUGCUCAUUAAAGUUUAGGCUAGAAAGAAAUUUUUAUUAGAAUUUGAAAAAUUAAACAAAAAAGUAUAUUAUGAUAUAUUAAAUUCAAAAGUCUAUAUUUCUCCUUUUAUAUUAAAUUAAGAAA